AUGUCGAUAGCUGCAAUGAAACUGUGUUCUUCUAUCCUUCAAGAGCACUUUGGAGAAACAGUAAGAAUUGUGGGACAGGACCUAUUUUGUGCUAAAUCCAAGACUUUAGGAGGAAUUUGUACUUCAACAAAAUUGUCAAAAAAACAGGUAGCAGCAAGUCUUGCAAUAUUAGUGCAGUAUCGACUAGUUAGAUUCAAUCCAAUCGAAUCAAAUGAGAAUAUUGCUGAAUAUACAUUACUUUAUGACCGGAUUUUGCUGUUUCUGAGGUAUCCAAGAUACAUGUAUUUUAUUCAGAAAAAGUACGGUAACCCAUCAGCAUUGCUCCUUGAAGACCUUCUAAAAAGCGGUAUGGCUAUAGCACAGUCAAUAAUCGUUCGAGCAUAUGCAGCAUCGGAUGUUAAAAAUACUGAAACAUUAAAGGAACUUAGAGAUUCAUUACUGGAUCUUAUUGGACAGAAAUUCUUUGUAAGAUGCCCAGAAGUAACUGGAGAUGUAGUACCAAAAUUAAAAGUUGAGAUCCCUAAUCUAUUUCUUCCGCCUGAUAUUAAUCUAAAAGAUGUUAAUGAUAUGAUUGAAAAAGGAACUGAUCCAAUGGAUGUUGUUCAAGAGAAAAUCUUCUGGACAGCAAAUUUCGAUCAAUUUCAUCAGGCAUUUCGUGACAAAGUUCUCGUGGACUGCAUUGAAAGGCAAAUCGAUUCAAACGCUGCUGAGUGCUUCCAAUUCAUUCUAUCAUUAAUGUACAAUAAAACUGAUGUUUGGGCAGUAAAGUCGAAUCCGAUCUCGUUGAACGAAAUAAAACAAAUUGUGAAGAAAAAGUCAUCAAAUGCUGAAUUAGUUAAAUAUUUGGAUCAAUAUGUAUCGAUAAUUGAAAAAGAUGAAUGUGGAUUUCUGAAGAAAAAUGAUGACAUUGGAGGCGAAGCUUAUGAUGUAAACAUGAAGGAAGCCUUCAAGCAGAUCGCUUGGUCAAUUAUAGAAAAUGUAAUUACACAAAAGUUUGGAACAAAAGCAGCUAGAAUCUUCAGGGUUGUUCGGACGAAGAAAUAUAUUGAACAAGACGAAAUACAGCGUGAAGCUAUGAUUCCAUCAAAAGAAGCUCGACUUUAUACUUACAAAUUGCUGGAAGAAAAUUAUGUUCAAAUUCAAACGAUUAAAAAAGCUGGAAGUGGAAUGGGUCCAACAAAGAAUUUUUAUCUCUUCUAUGUCAAUCAGCAGCAAAUUGCUCGUGACUUGAUUGAAGCAUGCUAUAAAUCGCUUUAUAAUCUCAAAAUUCGAGUGAAUCUAGAUAAGGAUGCAAAUAAGAGAUUAAUGGAAAAAGCUAUAAGGCUCCAAUUUAUUGUUGAGGCAUUAAAAGAACGAGGCGAAUCUGAGGAGACAAUCCAAGACAUAAAUGAAACAUUAACACCGCCUGAAAAAGAGAUUGUAGAAAAUGCUAAAAUGAGACUUAAUCGCUUAGAAAGUUCCGAGAUUAUGGUUGACGAAAUGAUGUUGAUGCUGUCACUUUAUCUUCAAUAUUACUCACCAGCUGCAAGAUCGUUUUAUACCGGCAAAAUAUUUCUUGAUUAUACUGAAGAUAUUGCUUACGAAACGGAUAAUACAAAGAAACAUUCGCGUUCGACCAAGUCCAUAUUGAAAAGAUUCCAAAAUAGCACGAGUAGUAACGACAGUCAAACAAUAUAG